AUGCCAACUCAAGUUCGAAUCUUUUCGCGACCUAGGCCUCUCGGCGAGACCCUUGACAAGUCUAUCAACAACGCCUCCGUACCUCGGUCUAUCCCCGAUAGCGCACAUCUUUGGAAACAAGUCGAACCGCCCAAGACGAGAGCGAGUACCCACGACGGCAACUCCAUGGCAGUAUACAAGGACAACUCCGUCGAAGGCGGUGUCACCUUUGCUGGCCAAGACACCCUCAAGCAUCUUCCCAUUCCAGAACUGGAGACCACCUGCGAGAAGUACCUCACCGCCUUGAAACCCUUGCAGUCGGCGCGAGAACAUUCAGACACCAAGCAAGCCGUUCAGGAGUUCCUGAAGAGCGAUGGCCCGCAACUUCAGGAAAAGCUGAAGGCUUAUGCUCUCGACAAAUCUAGCUACAUCGAGCAAUUCUGGUAUGAUUCGUACCUAAACUUCGACAACCCCGUCGUUCUCAACCUCAACCCCUUUUUCUUGCUGGAAGAUGACCCAACCCCAGCGAGGAACAACCAGGUGACCCGAGCGGCAUCGCUCGUGGUGUCAGCCUUGGAGUUUGUCCGGGCGGUCCGCAAAGAGGAGCUGCCUCCUGACAACAUCAAGGGUCAGCCUCUUUGCAUGUACCAGUACUCUAGACUAUUUGGUACCGCCCGUGUGCCAACCGAGAAUGGCUGCCAAAUCGAGCAGGACCCCGAGUCCAGGCACAUUGUAAUCAUGUGCCACGGCCAGUUUUACUGGUUCGAUGUUUUGGACAGCAACAAUGACUUGAUCAUGACAGAGAAAGACGUCUCGAUCAAUCUGCAGACCAUCAUCGAUGAUGCUGCGCAGGUCCCGAUCCAGGACGCGGCCAAGGGGGCCCUCGGUGUUUUGAGCACGGAAAACCGAAAGAUCUGGUCGGGACUGAGAGAUGUUCUGACCCGGGAAGAGGGCUCCAACAACGCUGACUGCCUGGGUAUUGUCGACUCGGCCCUCUUCGUCUUGUGCCUGGACUACACCGAGCCUGCUGAUGCGGAUGCCCUCUGCGGCAACAUGCUUUGCGGUACCAGUCUUGUCGAGAAGGGCGUACAGGUGGGAACCUGCACCAACAGAUGGUAUGACAAGCUGCAGAUCAUAGUCUGCAAAAACGGCAGUGCCGGCAUCAAUUUUGAACACACCGGCGUGGAUGGCCACACCGUCCUUAGGUUUGCCAGUGACGUGUACACGGACACGAUACUGAGGUUCGCGAGAACGAUCAACGGCCAGGCCCCGACUCUUUGGGCUACCACCAGCCCCGACCCAGCAAAACGCGAUCCCGACAGCUUCGGCGAGGUCAGCACCACCCCGCACAAACUGGAAUGGGACAUGAGUCCGGAGCUCAGCAUAGCCGUACGAUUCGCCGAGUCCAGACUUGCCGACCUCAUCGAGCAGAACGAGUUCAAAACCUUGGACUUUAAGCACUACGGCAAAAACUUCAUGACAUCGAUGGGCUUCUCUCCCGACGCCUUUGUGCAGAUGGCUUUCCAGGCAGCCUACUAUGGUCUGUACGGUCGCGUCGAGUGCACAUACGAACCCGCCAUGACCAAGAUAUUCCUGCAUGGUCGUACCGAGGCCAUCCGCAGUGUCUCGGACGAGUCAGUAGACUUCGUGCAAACAUUCUGGGCUGAUAACCCGGCCGAACACAAGGUAGAGGCUCUCCGCAAAGCGUGUCAACGACACACCAACACGACGAGAGAAUGCGCAAAGGCGCAAGGUUGUGAUCGCCACCUCUACGCUCUUUUCUGCACCUGGCAGCGCUCCGUUGACGACGAGCUUCUCAGCGGCGUCAGCUCCAACGGCUAUUCCAGUCCCGUGGAUGGCUACUCGGAACGCGACGCGAGUUCUGCCGUCGGCAGCCCGGGCCGAGACUCGGUGCUCUCGAACGGCGUAGAGGUCCAAUCGUCUACGGGCCGCGCACGUGGUGACAGCACCAACUCACGUAACGGAAACGGCCAGCCUGCGAUGCCGCAGAUCUUCGCCGACAGCGGCUGGGAUAAGCUUAACAACACCGUUCUUUCCACGUCCAACUGCGGCAACCCGUCUUUGAGGCAGUUUGGUUUUGGCCCGACUUCGGGCGAUGGGUUUGGUAUUGGGUACAUUAUCAAGGACGAGGGCAUCUCCAUCUGCGCGUCCAGCAAGCACCGCCAGACCAAGCGGUUCAUGGACACCCUUGAGAGCUACCUCCUAGAAGUCAGGAGAAUCCUCCGUAUAACAUCACGCCGCGGUACGGGCGUCAGGCAGACCCGUGCUCGGGAGCUCGACCAGCCGCGUCCGAAGCCGAUCAAAGGAAUCAAGUCUCGCGGUCGUCUCAUCACCGCCCACGACGCCAUCAAGCCUUCAAUCGCGAGAUCUUCGACGGGAACUCAGUCGCCGACCGAAGAGAGCGUCACCCUGAGCGAGGACGACGAACUUGGCGGAUACGGCUUCUUCGACGCGGGAAUGCUCCUUCAAGCCCUCAAGGCUCGCGGAGAAAACCUCGAUACCGGGGAGACAAAGCCCUCGGAGCGCGCUGCCGUGCAGGCUCGCCGGCGAGAGAUUGGAAAGAAGCUCCGCUUGAUUGACUACUAG